AUGAUGGAAAUGUCUUCGUCCAACGUGACGAAUCUAGAUCUAGUGAUAUUUCUCGUGUUCCGGAUCAUGCCUAUGAAGCCAUCGAGGAGCCAUCUCCGGUUGCUGUGGUGCGCAAAGAAAGGGGAUCUCGUCGUAAGAUAUUGUCCGAUCCUGAAUCUCAUGAAGUUAGAGAAAGUCUACAAGAAGAUUCAAUCUCCAUCGAUGAGAAUACUUUAA